AUGGCCGACAAUGGCUCUCCGAAACCCCAAUUCCUCGCGCCUCCGGCCGUGACCGCGCUGCGGCAGGAGGCCCGGAACAUCAACCCGAAAAUGACAAGAUCCUUGAGUGAGAAUAUGAGAGAGGAGCGAGAGGACCUGAAGGAAGCGGCGGAACAGACCCUCAACAUUAUUGUUGACUUGGAUCUGGAAGGUCGUAUCAAAUGGGUCAGUCCUUCGUGGCGACAAGUGGUGGGAUCGGCCCCGGAGUCGGUGGAAGGCCGUAUGAUCUCAGAAUUGUUGCUGGGAAACAAGGAUGUUUUUCGAGAUGCGAUUGAGGCUUUGAAGGAGGAUGAUUCACGGAGUCGCUUUAUCCGCUUUGCAGUGCAAAUGGGGCCGGACUCUGUUCUGAAAUAUGCGCCUGAAUCGCGUCCGCUUGAAACACCGGAAGAGACUGAAGAAUCAAAAAUUGAGGGGACGAUAUCAGACCCUUCGCAGGUCGAGGGUGACCAAAACAAUGAUGUGCUUACCAUGGAGGGGCAAGGUAUCAUGGUUUAUGAGCGCGACGAAGAUGGACAUUCGAUGUGGAUGUUACGACCGUUUACCAAACCGAGAGAAGUGACCAUUGAUCUCCCACAUCUUCUGGUGGAGUCCCUAGGUGUGGGAGCUGAAGUGCUCGCGAAUUACUUGACAACACUGGCCGAGGCCGCUGCCAACGAACCGGAUCCUUCGAAGCACCCUGCCCCUACUCCUGUAUUGUGUCGAAUUUGCGAGCGUCAGAUUACACCAUGGUGGUUCGAGAAGCACUCGGAUUUGUGCUUGCAAGAACAUCGAGCGGAGAUGGAUGUACAACUCGCCCAGGAAAAUCUGAAUGAGCAUCGACAUGUGAUUGUGAAAGUAUUGGAUGCCCUGGAGGCUCGACAAGGACGACCGUUGAUCGGCCCCGAUGGGAAUGUGAUGCCACUUUCUCAGCCGGAGUACAAAGGCUUACCCAUCGGUCCGUCUCCUGUCAGCUCAACCCCGUCAUCCGCUCCAGUAUCAAGUGGAAACUCGGCACCUGGAACACCACCUCGAUCUAGAGACCAUUCGGCUUCUGGUCUCCCUGCGAUGGGUCGUCCCCGAUCUUUCACUGUACGCCGUCCGUUGGCUCGCAUCGUGGAGCUGGUUCUCGACCUCUGCGAUACUGCCUUGGAAAUCAGCAUGCCAAUGAUCAAAGAAUCAUCACGGGCAGAAAACCCAGAAGAUUUCCGAACACUAUCUCCACAAUCGGAAUCUAGAAUUACUCAGGUGUUUCAGUGGCAGUCCCCCAGCGCCAACACAUUGGAGCAGGAGCAGGGCCUUGCCGCUCUGGCGAGCGAUACGGAACAAGUUGCAAAGUUAAAAGUUGAUUCUGUGGUCCGUCAUCGGAAAAUUGUUGAGUAUGCCGAGAGAAUCCGUAUUGAAUAUACUGUUCUAGUGGAAGAAUGCAUUACAGCUGCCCUCAGCAAGGCUGAGCGUAUAGCAGCUGGCCAGCUCAGUGAUUCAUCAUGUUCAUCCGAUGAGGAGGUCUCCGAGGGCACUGCUCUUGGACAGAACUGCAUCAUUGACUACAACCAUCCACUUGUUCCUCUCCCAACACACGAUUCGCCAAUGCCAGACCCCUCUAGUCAGGAAUCUUUGCUAUCCCAGUCCCGACCCGCAGGACCAACCCCGCGUAAAUCGACAACAUCUGCACUUACAAUGUCCAUGCGCAAUUCCCCAGAUCGUUCCUUGCUGGGGCAGAUAGAUGGAAAGUCAUCCUCGUCUGCAGCAGUCUCAACAGGGUCGAACAGUCCCAUGGAGUGUCCUACUCCACGAUCUUACAAAAGUGCUGCAGGAUUGCUGGGAACUUCCCAGCCAGGCCGCAGAGGUAUUUCGCUUGCGGAUAUUGAUCCUGGAGAUAGUAGCGAUAGUAGUAUGCCGUCCUCAAUCUUUCCAAGUGCUAUGCGAACUGAUUCGCCAUCAUCCGAGCGAAGUUUCGAUCGAAAGCGGAGAAGCCUGGUGCUUCCCGGGUUGUCUAGUUCUCCUCGUCGACAGCCAUCUCCUGCGCGAGUUUCUGGUCCGCACUCCCCAUUACGGAUGCCCAAACCUAGGCAAUCCUAUGGUGCAGAAAGCUUACCAUCACCGGUAGUAUCUCCGUCUACCUACGCAUCCGAGCUCGCUCACAGCUACCGUCACCACCGUCGCCAGUCAUCGGCUACUUCGUCAGAUGUCGCAAAACCACCACCUUCGCCCCGUCUUCCAUCGGUCAGCCAGCAGCCGCGCCCUGCCCCACCGUCAAUCAAAGAUUUCGAGAUUAUCAAGCCAAUCAGUAAAGGUGCCUUUGGUAGCGUAUACCUGUCUAAGAAGAAGUCAACAGGCGAGUACUAUGCCAUCAAGGUCUUGAAGAAGGCGGACAUGAUUGCCAAGAAUCAGGUUACCAAUGUUAAAGCUGAACGUGCCAUUAUGAUGUGGCAAGGAGAGAGUGACUUUGUUGCUAAGCUCUAUUGGACAUUUUCAAGCAAGGAGUACCUCUAUCUGGUCAUGGAGUACUUGAAUGGAGGCGACUGUGCCUCUCUUGUUAAAAUCCUUGGCGGUCUCUCUGAAGAUUGGACCAAGAAGUACAUAGCUGAAGUUGUUCUUGGCGUUGAGCAUCUACAUAACCGAGGCAUUGUCCAUCGUGACUUAAAGCCAGACAAUCUUCUUAUUGACGCAACUGGCCACCUAAAAUUGACUGAUUUUGGUCUAUCCCGCAUGGGUUUGGUAGGCCGUCAGAAGCGUGUCUUGAAGAGCCCAAAUGAACCCGCCCCGGAUCUACUCAAACAAGGUCCCUUUCCACGCGCCGUAUCAAUUGCUUCCUCUCGCUCAGCAUCCUUCGAUUUUCAGGCUGGUUCCCCUGGUUCAACGCCACUGAUCACGCCUGAUAAUGCUGUCAGCACAAGUCAGCCAUCUUACUUCAGUUUGAACCAGACCAAUUUAAACCAGACUGGCCUCAGCCGUCAAAGCUCCAGGAGAGCAUCUGGAUAUCGCAGUGAUAGCGCAGGGAGUGACAGCCUGAAUGGAAUGUUCCGUACGUUUUCACUUAAUGACAAUGUCAAUGAGCCAGCUGCUCCUUCUCCAAGCAUGCUCUCGACUAGCUUGGCUGAAGAAGAUGCAGAGAGUGAAAUUGAUGAUUCACCACAUCUCUUUCCAUUGCACCCAACAUUUAGCCAUCCGAUGCAGAAUACACCGCCCCAACAAAGCAUGCUCCCCCCAGUUAUGGCACUUUUUGACCCCGAGGAUCACGAUAGACGUUUUGUCGGAACACCAGAUUAUCUGGCUCCAGAGACUAUCAACGGCAUUGGCCAGGAUGAAAUCAGUGAUUGGUGGUCUUUGGGCUGCAUCAUGUUCGAAUUCUUCUUUGGUUACCCACCCUUCAAUGCUGCGACCCCCGAUGAGGUGUUUGAGAACAUCUUACAACGCAGGAUCAAUUGGCCAGAGGAUCCAGAGGACGAGGCCUCACCCGAGGCGUUGGAUCUCAUGAACAGGCUCAUGACCGUGAACCCUCGUGAGCGCAUUGGUGCGAAUGUAGAUGAGAAAUACCCCAAUGGCGGCGCAGAAAUUCGCGCUCAUUGCUGGUUUUCUGACAUCCAUUGGGCUACACUGUUAGAAGACCAAGCGGAGUUUGUUCCUAAUCCUCCAAAUCCUGAAGAUACGGAGUACUUUGAUGCUCGUGGAGCUACACUCCAGGCCUUCGCGGAAGAAAUGGAAGAUGAACCUUCGCCGCAACCUCCAGCUCCGGCAGGAUCUUCGUACCCGGACCGACCGCAUGAUGCGCUAUUCAAAGUUCGCUCACAGGUAAAUUCCAUGAAGCGCCCAUUGAUGCCGCUUCAUAUUCCUCCUCACGUACGUGAUGCUCGUGACUCUCGUAGCCGAAGACUGAGUGAACCGGCGUUGGCGGAUGAUUUCGGAAGUUUCAACUUCAAGAAUCUUCCCAUGUUGGAAAAAGCGAACAAGGAUGUCAUCCAGAAAAUGCGUCAGGAAGCCCUGCAAGCCCAACACCGCCAGUCUACCUCAUCAUCGGCCGCUCAGACCCCGCUGACUGCUUCCCAACCCUCCCUGGACGGCAGCCCACUUCCAAUGUCACUCCAGCGGACCAUGUCACAGACCAAGGGUAAUAAUCGACCAUCUUCACCUUCUGGCUUGAGUCAAGCAAAUUCAUCUCCGAGUCGACCCUCUCAGCCGUCGUCUCCACUGUUAGUCCAAUUUAGCACGGGAGCCAACCACGAGCGACGCAAGACAUCUGGAUCUUCAUCCACAGCGUCUCAUCAGUCUAGUGGCACUUUCCAGCCUUCAUCCUUUGACCAGAAUCGUUUGCCAAAUGCCCGUAUGGGCUCAGUAGCAUCUUCUCCUGUCAAAGCAAAUCGCAUACCGGCUCACUCUCCUGACAAGCAUCCUUCAAGUCAACGCCAUGGUAGUGCCCCUGCCAGUCGCGCAAGAUCUCAGACUAUUGGCUCCCAGGAUGGCGGUGAUUUGUCCUCAUUCCCCAAAGAAUCUUUUGUACCUUCUCACCACAAGCGUCGGAGUCAACUAUUUGACAUAUCGCCAUCGUCUUCGGACAACGAGGAUCCACGUACCAAGGCCCUACUAAAAGUCCAGCGUCGUCGGCAAAGCUCUCGUCGUUUAUCUCAAUUCAAUCUUCAGGAUGCGCCGUUCUUCCGGCCCCUUGAUAUCCUCAUCUGCGAAGACCACCCUGUCUCCCGUUUGGUCAUGGAGCGUCUGUUCGAAAAACUUCGUUGCCGUACCAUCACUGUGACAAAUGGCGCCGAAGCAGUGCGGUAUGCUCUUAGUGAAGUUCAAUUCGAUAUUAUUAUGACGGAGUAUAAACUGCCCCAAGUCAACGGCGCAGACUUUGCCCGGAUGGUACGGGAAACUCGCAGUCCCAACAGACAUACACCCAUCAUCGCUGUUACUGGAUAUCUAAAGGAUCUUCCUGAGACUCAUUACUUUGACGCGCUUGUGCAAAAGCCUCCUACUCUUUCAAAACUUACGGAGACGUUGUGCAAGUGGUGCGUUUGGAAGCCUCCUCCUAAGGACUACAGCCCAUCUCAGCCUCUUCCGGUUCCAAUGCCCAGUGUGCGCCCUUCACAACUGUCCAACGAUGAUAACAAUAGCCCCAGCUCGGCCUCAUCGGGAUUUGUCCCCAAUCCACCAAGUUCAUACCGUGGCUCUAGCCGUGAUGAUUCAGUCACUAGCAGUGUGUUUGGUGAUAUGGACAAUAUCAAGCCAGAAGAAGUUCCGGUUAUUGUAAGUCGUCAUACUGAUGACUGGGACCACGGUGGCCUGGGAAUUUCCGAGGAUGCUCACCCGGGAAGUCCUGAUCCCAAGGCAGUACCUGUUCCCCAGCUGCUGCACGCUGCUACGGCGCCAGCUGCCAUGGAUGGAAGCGGUGCACUCACGCCUCGAAAGCAACGCUCCAGUGAGGCCAUUCGCGCAAAGCGAGAAUCUCUGGAACGAAAGCGGUAUGAGGGUGCUGAGUCUGGAGACGACGAAGACGAGGAGCUUGGAAACUCCCAAUCCAGACGAAGCCCACCGACUCGCAGUCGGCGUCCAGGUUCUAAACUCGGAAUUGAGAUGAUGCGAACCAACAGUCGUGGAAGCGUAGUCAGCGGAAGUGAGGAACUUCUCAAAAAAGAAAGAGAAGCACUGCGUCGCAGGAGCGGAGAGUUUGCUGAUACGGACACUGACGAUGGUCCUUUGGGAUCACCGGCUAGUACCACCCUGGAAGAAAGAUUCGAGGGUCUCAGCAUCCCAGAAGAAUCGGAAGCUGAAGAGCAACUCAGCCAAGGCUCUCCCUUAUCAGGAGGAUCGCCAAUCUCGAGACAUCGUCGACCAUCGCUGUUGCAUAAUGAUACCGAGAUUUACAGUGGAUCUGGACCAACCUCCCACCCUCUGUCAGAAACGCGUGCCAAAAGUGGUCUAAAGCCGGGCCAAACUACACCUCCGUGGGAGAUUGGUGGCAAGAGAAGCCCCAUCACACCCGAGGUGAAGGUUUUCGCCAGCGGCUCUUCAGCCGACGCAUCUGGUGUGGAUACGGAUUUUAGCCCAACCCCAGACUCUGAGGCUACUCCGCGGCCUUUGCAUCCUUCACCGAGUCUAGAUCCAGAGGAGACACCUCGUCCCCCUGAUCGCUACCGAUCUGACUUAUCUACAACCUUCAAGAGGUGA